ACCAAGCAACCGAGUCCUUGGCAGUGCCCGCCAGCGCGGGACAAAUGCCCCCGGCUCAGCGGGGAACACGGGCACAAAGAGCUCCUGGCCAGCGUGAGAGGCACUGCCAGGGCCACCCCCUGCCAGGGCCAGGCCACGUGCCACAGCCAGGCAGGAGGCACCCGAGGAAAGGGGGGUGAUCCCUAUGUGAUCCCCCUCUUCACAGCCCAGGGACCGCCCUGGGCUUGAUGUUGUGCUCCCUCUCUCCUGGAACUGGGGGUACAUCCUGUCCCUCACUGUCCUCUUGCCUCCCUGCUGCCAGCUGAGACCAGCCAGCUCAUGUCACGUAUGACCUGCCAAGGCUGCAUUUGGAGGGGCUAUCCCAGCCUUGCACUUAGCAAUGUGGGAGUGUGGUGCCUGCAGAGCUCCAGCACAGCCCCAGUACCAGCCCUCACAGAGUCUCCUGGCCAAGCUGGCCACGCUCCCAUCACCGGAGGCCCUUCCACACCCUCCACCCCAGUGCAGUGCCUGGGGCACCUGGGCAGGGCCAGAGACUGGUACCGACGUUUCAGCUGCCUGCUUGGGGCAUGCAGGCAAAACAAUCACCAUUGAUCCACACUCACCUUAUCUGCCUGGCUCCUUCCCACGCCCUGGAGGGCAUCGGGCACUCCCACAGGUGCCUCCACCCCUUAGCCUUGGGAUGCAAUGGCUGUUCCCUCACCUGGCAGGCCGUGCCAGUAUGCCCACUGCUGCCCUGACUCAGUUUCCCCACUUGGCUGCCGGGUUUGGGGCACCAGCUGCCCUGACACUGCUGUCUGUCCUUCUCCCCCAGAUGUACGGGCGUUACACGCAGGACUUGGGCACCUUUGCCAAGGACGAGGCAGCCCGGCUACGGCUGCAGGAGGGGGACACGCCCCAGCCCCGCAGCCCCUCCGAGCUGCUGGAGUACACGCAGGGCCGCUGUGGCCCCUGUCGGGUCUGCGCCUUGCAGUGCCAGCGGUUCCUCAUCUCCAGGGUGGGUGAGGACUGGGUCUUCCUCAUACUGCUGGGACUGGUCAUGGCACUGGUCAGCUGGGCCAUGGAUUUCGCCAUCGCCACCUGCCUCCAAGCUCAGAAGUGGAUGUACGGAGGCCUGGACACCAACGUGCUGCUGCAGUACAUGGCCUGGGUCACCUACCCCACUGUGCUCAUCACCUUCUCUGCUGGCUUCACACAGAUCCUUGCCCCCCAGGCCGUGGGCUCAGGGAUCCCCGAGAUGAAGACCAUCCUGCGGGGCGUUGUGCUCAAGGAGUACCUCACCUUCAAAACCUUUGUGGCCAAGGUGAUCGGACUGACAUGUGCCCUGGGCAGUGGCAUGCCCCUGGGCAAGGAGGGUCCCUUUGUCCACAUCGCCAGCAUGUGCGCAACCCUGCUCAGCCGCUUCCUCUCCCUCUUUGGGGGCUUCUAUGAGAAUGAGGCAAGAAACAUUGAAAUGCUGGCAGCUGCCUGUGCUGUCGGUGUUGGCUGCUGCUUCGCCGCCCCCAUUGGAGGUAGGGUCACCCCGGGCCGCCCCACAACCCCCACACCUCCUGCCCAGGCAGCAGGGUCCACCUGGAGAGGCAAGCAGGACCCCGGGACAGCUGGCAUGGGAGAGGGCAGUGCUGCUCGGCAGGGAGGAGGAAGGGAGGAGCGGGCAGCACCCUCCCAGAUGUGUAACGUCCGCUCUUGUCCUCUCCCCUGCCGCCUGCGCUCCAGGGAGCUCCCCGCUCCAGCCCCGCUGAGCCCUGCCCGUAGGUUGGUGACGUGUCUGACUCUCUCCUUGCCCUUUGCCUGCUGCCCUAUCUGUCUGUCUGUCCAUCUGUGUGCACCCCACUCCCACCCCUCGUGUUGCUGCCCACAUCCCUGUGCUGCCCUCUCGCUCGUGCUGUGCCCGCUGUGCUGUGCCCUCUGUGCUUUGCCAGGGAAUCCCUUAAACCACCCUGUAGUGUGUCCGUGGGGCAGCCAGACCCCCGUGGGCUGUGCACGAGUGUGGAGUCCGGGUGGGACGCGUGCCAGGCACCAGGGCCUGCCUGGGUUUCUCCACCUCCCUUGUGCACUUCCCCCCAUGCCAGGCGUCCUCUUCAGCAUCGAGGUCACCUCCACCUUCUUUGCCGUCCGCAACUACUGGCGCGGCUUCUUCGCUGCCACCUUCAGCGCCUUCAUCUUCCGUGUCCUUGCUGUCUGGAAUAAGGAUGAAGAGACAAUCACGGCACUAUUCAAAACCCGCUUCCGCCUCGACUUCCCCUUCGACCUGCAGGAGCUGCCUGCCUUUGCCGUCAUUGGGAUCGCCAGCGGCUUCGGGGGCGCGCUCUUCGUCUACUUCAACCGCAAGAUUGUGAAGUUCAUGCGCCGCCAGAAGGCCAUCAACCGCUUCCUCAUGAAGAAGCGCCUGCUCUUCCCCGCCCUGGUGACGCUGAUCAUCUCCACGCUGACCUUCCCGCCCGGCUUUGGACAGUUCAUGGCUGGCCAGCUCACCCAGAAGGACACCCUGGUGACACUCUUUGACAACCAGACGUGGACCAAGCAGGGGAUCAAUGAUGAGUUUGAGUACUUGGGCAUCCUGGAGGCCUGGCUCCAUCCCCGCUCCAACGUCUUCGUCACACUUGUUGUCUUCAUCCUCAUGAAGUUCUGGAUGUCAGCCUUGGCCACUACCAUCCCCGUGCCCUGUGGAGCCUUCAUGCCCGUCUUCGUCAUUGGGGCGGCCUUUGGGCGCCUGGUGGGGGAGAGCAUGGCAGCCUGGUUCCCUGAUGGCAUCCAGACGGACAGCAACACCUACCGUAUCGUGCCGGGGGGCUACGCCGUGGUGGGAGCAGCCGCGCUGUCGGGUGCUGUCACCCACACGGUGUCCACGGCCGUCAUCGUCUUCGAGCUGACGGGGCAGAUGUCGCACAUCCUGCCCGUCAUGAUCGCUGUCAUCCUGGCCAAUGCCGUCGCCCAGAGCCUCCAGCCCUCCCUUUACGACAGCAUCAUCCGCAUCAAGAAGCUUCCCUACCUCCCUGAGCUGGGCUGGGGCCACCACGAGAAAUACAACGUGCGGGUGGAAGACAUCAUGGUGCGGGACAUCCACUACGUCACCCUCAACUGCAAGUACCGGGACCUGCAGCAGGUCCUGCACAGCACCAAGAUGAAGAACCUGCCUCUGGUGGAGUCAGCUGAGUCCAUGAUCCUGCUGGGCUCCAUUGAGCGGGCGCAGGUGGGGGCCCUGCUCAGCACCCAGCUCAGCCCCCAGCGCCGGCUGCUGAUGCUGCGGCAGAACGUGCUGCCCGAGGAUGGGCAUCAGCUCUCCGAUUCCAGCCUCCGCUUCCAGGUCAGCACAGAGACCUCCUCGGGCGCCCCUGCCCGCACCUCACUCCGCAAGCCCCUGAAGCCAGCACUGAAGCGGGCGUCCAGCAGCCCGGCCGACAGCCCCCCAGCGGGCGGCACUGACCAGACUGGCAUCGCCCUCAAGAGCCUCUUCUGUGCCAAUGCCACCCCAGAGGCCUUCGAGGAGGAGAUGAUUCUGGGUGACAAGAUGACCCCAGCAGAGAUCCGGGAGUGGGAAGAACAGCAGCUGGACCAGCUGGUGGACUUCAGCAACGCCAAGAUUGACCCCGCACCCUUCCAGCUGGUGGAGCACACCUCGCUGCACAAGACCCACACCAUCUUCUCUCUGCUGGGCCUGGACCACGCAUUCGUCACCAGCAUUGGGCGCCUGGUGGGCAUGGUGUCCCUCAAGGAGCUGCGCAAGGCCAUCGAGGGCUCCCUGACGGGCAAGGGGGUGAAGGUGCGCCCGCCGCUCGCCAGCUUCCGCGACAGCACCGCCAGCUCCAGCGAGGCCGACACCGCGGCCCUGCGCCGGUUCUGGGAACGCCACCAGCACCACCACAUGCCCCGCGAGGCUGGCCCUGGCGGCGACGAGGAUGACAACACCCCCAAGGGCCAGUGAGACCCUUGAGACCCACCCCCUGUGUCCCCAGAAGCCACAAGGGCCCCCUGGCAGGUGCUGGGGUGUGCCCACCCUGAGCCCGCUGAUGCCAGGCUCAGCACAGCAGUGGGCACUCUCAGUCCAGUGCCUCUGCCCCUCCCUGGGCUGGGGAGCAGCCAAAUGAUCCCAGCCAGCCCCUGCUCCCCAGCGACCUGCCAGCUCUUGGGGCUUCCCACUUUGCUACCUCUGUACCCCCCCAGCCCCCGGUGCGCCCCAGAAUGGCCACUGCCCUCACACCCUCCAUCAGCACCGCAAUGUCCCUUCUCAGGGUGGCACAGGGCGGAGAGGGGCAUCAGGUUGGGGUGUCCACGGGGACAUGGGUGGGCAUUGCCCCCUGUGCUCAGCCCCUCAUGGCUGAGAACAGGGGGUCCUGCUGCCUCUCUGCUGUGCACCUCUCCCCAUGUAAAUACAGAGAUUUUUAUAUUAAUUUAAUAAAAGGACUUUAUAAACAGA